GGGGAUUAUUUGAAAUGCUUUAACUAUCGAAUAUAACUAAAUCAAGUAUCUUCCAUGUAAUUAGUCACGAUUCAAAGUAAUUAACACAUAACUGGAAGAUCAUUCUUUUAAUUGUAAAUGGAAUGAAGCAUAUGAUUGAAUGCAAUUAUCUUUGUACAGAAGUUUAGUAUUUUACAUUUAAAUAGUUUGAUAUUUACUGCAAACUCGAAAAUACAUACUCUAUUUCUUUUAGUUCCACUGACAUUAACUUGCACACGUGAAGCAGAAAUUAUAGACACCUACAUCAACAAAGUUACGAUGCAGCUUGAACUAUUAUAAUAACUUUAUUCGUAGAAGAAUUUUGAGGCUUUCACGGCUCGAUUUGUUACAGAUAAUGUAGCUUGAGAUUUUCGGGUGUACGCUGUGUUCAAAAGAAAAGUACCUCCAUUGUUUUACUAGCAGUGCAACUAGCUUAAUCAAGAAUCUAAAAACGCGUUAAUACCGAUGUUCAUCAGACUGUACAGUCUUUAUAUAGUACCCACGUUCAUGUUCCAGUUCACGGCCUGCUGAUCAAUUUAAAAACAGUAAAAAGGUACUCUGAAUAAAAUUAAAAUGGUAACCGGUAUCUCUGUUAGUUUUGCUCAGGGGGAUUUCAUAAUUUCUAUUGAUAAAGUUAUCUGUACUCCUGAUAAAAUGUUAGAAAUACUCUUUUUCCGGACAUGGUUCACACCUGAUAGUCUUAAACAGUAUUCACAUCAACGAAGGUAAACAAUUACCUUUAUUUAAUGUUUAAAACAUAAAGUGUUAUCCCUUCGGGUAAAAAUUGAAUGUACAUAUGGCAUUAGAUCUGGGCUGAUGAUGAAGCCCCAUCAAUGCAAAAAAUGAUUCAAAUAAGAUUAGGGUAAGGAUAAUUCAGUAAUUGUAGUAUAGAUUAGAAGUAUAAUAAUGAAAUUAUUAGGAUAAGUUACGUUUUAUUUGUUAUGUAACGCAAAUUUUAAGGUCCUUCAACUUUUUUAAUCUUAAUGAAGUUCUUUAUUCACGAUUCGUCCGAGUGAUGGGUGUGUAUUUAAAAUGGAACAAUAAUCUUAAUCGGCACAGUAACAGUACUAAGAGCCUUUCAAGCAACUACAAUGUAGAAGCAAUAGAUAGGAUAAUGAAGUGUAUAAAUAUGUAUUGAAUGUCGUGCGCCAUAAAUUGUUUAUUGCAUAUCGUUAGAAUCAUUGAUACAUUGAUAAUGUUUUUAACGACAUCCAUCGUUCCAAGCAUAGGUUGUAAUCGUUUUAUUAUUUGAUUUAUAAAGCAGUAUUAAAAACAACUAAGCAUAAAGAUCGUUGCAUGAUUUAAAUAAAAGAAAAACCAAACUUAUAAACUCUUAUGUAAUGUAUAUGUAUAUAGAACUAACGAGUAUUUCAAUGAUGUUUCAUAAUAUAUUUCCUGUCUUUUUUUUUUUCAAUCUAUGAAUGUGAACUUAAGACAUACGUUAAUUUUAUUCAGAUGAAAAAUAUAUUUAAAAGAAUGUUGAUCAAGCUGACAUGUAGAGUUUGUGUAAAAUUCUGUAUUAAUGAUUCUAACAUAGAACUUGCGAGUGAUAAAUGUUAAUCUUAUCUCGAAAAGUAUGAAAAGGACCUUAAUCUAUCAAUAAUAUUUAUUCUAGUUAUAAUAUUAAGUCCGUAAUGUAUAGGGUAUCGCUUACAGUUACAACAUUUAAUACUUAGUUUCUGACUUUGUGAAAGAAAGAAAGAAAAUGAUAAUUAGGUGAAAUUUGUUAAAACAUGAUUUCGACGCUGAUAAAAGGUCGAAGCGUAAUUUUGUGACGUUCGUUAAGAUAGAUUUCUGUAAUUGAAUCAAUUACAAAAAUGAUCGAGGGCAGCGGAUAAAUAAACGCAAAUUAGCGAAUGACGACGGUGUAGUUAAAGUAAGAGAGAUGAAGCUAUGAAUCUUUGAGCAAUGAGAGAGGAUACAACAAACAUAAAAAAAAAAAAAGAAUUUAUUAUUCGUGUUGUUAAGGGUGUAAUGGAACCAAAAUGACGGACGUGUAAGAAGUAUAGAAGUGAAAAAAUUACGAAUCAAUAUUGAAUCGUAAUGAGGCCAUACAGAUCUAUUAGAUUUUAAGUAAAUCUAAAAAAAAAAAAAAAAAUACUGCAAACAACUGUAGUGUACAUAUAAUCGGUGCGCAAGUAAAUACCAAAACUGAGAGAAAAGAAAAAGAAAAAGGACAUCAGAGGAAUCGAGAUGUCGAAAAAAAAUGAAGCGAAAAAUCAUUUUUUGUUUCAUUCUAUAUACAUAUAUAAUAUAGUUUCAUUCCAUCUUUCUCUAAGUCCUAAACUAAAAGGCAGUCCUUUGUAACGAAACAUUAUGUAUUUCGUAGAGGUCUGCGACGAUAUACUUGAUAUUUUCUUACGCCCGAUCAAAAAAAAAAAAACUAGGAUCCAUUUGUAAAUAUUACCUCAAUAACUCGUUCAUAAAUCAUUUUACCAUUUAGUGAUCGACGAUGGUCGAGUGGGCAAUAGAUGGAAUGCUUUUAAAACAAACUUUUGUAAUUUUUAUUUUGACGCGAUCAAGUAAGAUUAAUUUGUACGUUGUUUUAUUCGUUUCUUUUUUCUUUUCAAUCUGGUGCAACAAAUUUCAAACUAUAAGAAACAGAAAGGAUCGUUAGACGAUUGAGUUUCUCUUUCUUUUUUUUCUUCUUGAAUCUAACAACGCAUAAUAAAAACAUGUACCUAGGAUACGUUUGAAAGAAAAAGAAAGGAAACUUAACGAGGCAAUUCAAAGUUUCUCGAUUAAAACGGGUUUAACGAAAUGAAUAUUACUUAGUGUGUAAUAAAAAGUAACCGAGUCUAUGGAUAUAAACGGACAAAAAAAAAAAAAAGUAGAGUUUACUUCCUACCACGAGCCAAGACGUUUUAAAAAAUAAGACAAAUAAUCUAUAUUUAUAUAUUAACAAACAAAAAGAUUAAAUUUACGUGCAAAGGGAAGGCAUGUAUGAAUUAUACAUUUCCAUGAAUAAGGUGACAAGAUAAGAAUCCUUGUAUUUCGAUGAGCUUUACAAGUUAAAUCAUCAAAUCAAUUGUACUUUACAAGUGAUCGAUUUUUCUCGGUAAUUAGUAAGCUGUCAUUAUCUGUAAAAAGUUGUCUAAUAUUCCCAAGAAAUCAUAGUUCGUCAGUGUUUUUAAGUGGCGUUCAUAGAUUUUAGCGUAAAGGAUUUAAAAGCAAAAAAAAGAAAAAAAUGAAUCGAUUUCGAUAAACGACUAAUUAAUUAUUGAAGCGAAUUAAAUGUCUAUUAAAUUAUUUCACAGUAUUAAGAUUUAUCAAUCGAUUCCAUUGUAAUACCAUCUCUGCACAAAAUUAAUGUAGGGAAAGUGGGACGCUCCUCUUUCUUUUCUUCCUUUCUUUUUUUUUUCUUUUUUUUUUUUUUUAGCGUUUAUAAAAGCGCCACCAAAGACCUUGACGUUGCGAUUUAUGAUUUUCGGAAUGUUCUACUUAGGCUUAAGGAAAAAGAAUAAUGCGAAUGUUAAACGGAUACUGGUCGAUUUCUAGGAAAGGCAAAUUAAUUACAAACGAGAAACCAUGAUUUUUACACUAAUCGAGCAUAAGCUUCAUAUAGUAAACGGGGAAAGAAAUUUUACAAUAUUUUUACAAACUGUUUGUAUUUGCUUUUCCUACGAGACUUCAACCAUUAAACCGUUCUCUUCUUUCGUUUUCAUUUCUUCUCUCGCUGAUGGUACCGAAAGAAAAGAAAACUGAAAUUCGUUUUGCGAAAACGUCAAGAAUUCUUCUAUAUAGUGUUAUUAUGUAAGUUCGAAGCACUAAAAGAAAGGAAACAAGAAAAAAUGUGUAUGAAAAGCGCUUAAGAAAAAGAAAAGAAAAGAAAAAAAAAGAAUAGAUGUGAAAAAAAAAAAUGUCAGCUUUAAGAAGAACCUCGAAACGAUGAUCAGUGAUGGCGUUCCCAAGGAAUCUUAUUAAUAUCCAAGCUUCUUUAUGAUAUAAAAAGGGGGAAAAAAAAAUAAUAGUAAUAUCGUAGCUGUUAGGAUUUGUCUAGUUAAUUUCCGUUUCUAAAUGCGAUUGUGUCCGUGUACCUACCAAUGAAUACCGCACGAAUAAGCAUAUUUGAUGAUGAAAGAAAAACAAAUAUUAAGGGGACAUUGAUUAACGAUGAUCAUUAAUGAUGAUAAUAAUGAGCCAACUAUAAAGGUAACGUUUUUUAAUAGGGUAAGAAUAAUAAUUACGUGUAAUUUCUUGUCGAGCGUGAAUCUGAUUUCUUGUUUACACGCGCUUCUUCGUCAGUGAUCUCAGAAAGGAUGUUUGAACACUUUUCUUAUUUGUGUUGCUGUAUAUUAACGUGCGAGCUCUCUUUAAACAAAACAAAAAAAAAAAAAAAACAAACUAAGAAUCCUUUAUGUAUCAGCGAGCUCGAGCACCUUAAUUAUUGUAAGGAAAGGUUUAUGCAAGUUUGUCGAUUCGGAAAAGAAAAGUUUUUAGUUGCGAUUAAACAGGAUUGCCGUUUGUAGGAUAUCUAUCGGACGACUUUAUCAUUGUAAAAUUACAAAAUAUCAGAUUUUUAAUAGCAUUAGCGAUUUAAUAUUUUUAAUUGGAAGUUACUCUUUUAUUUCUGUAUCGUGUACAUAGCGUCAGGUGAUUUAUAAUCCUUUAUGUAUUUCUUAGGAGGCUUUUAGGUGCACUGCCUUUAUCUAUCUUUAUUUUAGAAUAAUUUUUUUAAGCGCAAUAUUGCUCGUACUUAUAUCAUUUAUCAGUGUUUAAAUGAAAGAUUAUCAAUUAAUUUGUUAUAAUAUCGAAGAGAGUAAUGUACCAUGCGAUUGCUAAGUACACGAUGUUUAUAUCUAAAAAAUUAUUUAAAAUCAUUAUGUUAUUGGAAUAACGUCGUCCGUCCUACAGAUCGCUCUGUUUCAAUCAAAUUCGACAUCCCACCGUGUAAUGAUAAACGAUUGUGUAAAUCUUCCUUAUAUCUACAAGUGCCUGGCGCUUUGCCUGCGCGUGUUUGACGUGGCAAAUCUAAUAAGUUUCAAUUUAUUAAUACGAGUAAAAAUUUUCUAAAUUACAAUAUUUAAAAAAAAAAAAAAAAAAAGAGCGUGAGAGAGAACGCGCGAAAGAGGAAACACCGUAAAAAUAAAGAAAAUAAAAUAAAAAUACAAUGAGAGUGAGAGCGAGAGAGCGAGGAUGAUAUUGUGAAAUAUCGUAUGUACCUAUAUGAAAAGGAAAAAAAGAAAAAGAAAAAGUAAAAAAAUUCGUAAUACCGAGGUGACCAUUUUCUGGAUUUCGUAGUAGUGACAUCCAGCCUUCGUGUACAAUAAAAGUUUACACCUUGCACAAUACAACUAUUGAGUAUUUCAAUUUCUCUAUAAUGUAUAUGCAAUGUGUUGUGAUUCGCAUAUUGUUAUAUACAUAUAACGUAAUGAUGCGUCUCAUUAACCCUCUACAAUUGUUUCAAUCUUUUUUCUUUUUUUUUUUUAGAGAAUUAAUUGAUUGAAAAAUAUAUUUUUAUUCUGAACAUAUCGUGAGAGAUAUGUACCGUAUAAAAUACACAGAGAGCACAUAGGAUUGUAGAGGAUUGAGAUGUACUUAUAAUAUGAAAUAGCUGUAUUAAGAAAUGGAUUCCAGCACUAAUAAAUAAUUUAUAAUUAAUUCAUUUCUAUGAAUCUUUUCUCUAGAAUUAGUAAAAUUGAUUUCGUUACCAAUGUUUGAAGCUUUAAUUUUAAUUUUCAGAAAAAAGCAAGUAAAAUACUCGAGAUGCUCGAGGUUCUAAGAUACCAAAAAGAAAAUAGAAAAGAAAUGCAAUAAAGAAUUUUUAGCUAAAGGCGGAUAUUUGUUAGGAAGAGAAACGCCUUACGUAUAAUCAAAAUUUUUUUUGACAAAAGAAAUUGAAAUUGUACGAUUGGGGGAUGGUCACCUUUUAUGGAUGUGUUAGAAUAAUAACGAUGGGCUCAUUGUGGAAAAUUGUGUCGAGUUGCGACUGAUAAUAAUAAAGCGCUUAUACUUAGAUGAAUAGAUAUUUGUUAAGGGGCAUGUUGCUAGUUUACCAUCGGUUGCACACUGAAAGUAUAUUCUUAAUUAUGUACAUCUGUAAAAGUUUCACCAAAAUUCCGGGAAAAAUGUUACUUAUUGAUUGUAAGAGAAACAAAUAUAUCUACAUUUAUAUCUAUGUAUAUCCCACCCCUACACGAGAUGCAUACACAUAGACACACAUAAUUGAGAAAUUAAUUUCUUGAUCCUUGCAUUUUCAACUUUAUCCAUUGGAUUAUCAAAUUGUCUUUCACCCUUUUGUUGUUCAUCUCUUUUCCUUAACACUUUGAUGACCGCAUGUUUCACAAGGUCUAUGAAUGCUGUAUAAAAUAGAUUCACAAGAAAUUAUUUAAAUAAAUAAAAUAAAGAAUUCGUCAGUUCGUAAAAUUUUAUCUUCAAAGUGUUAAGGACCUGGCCAGCUGUUUUUCCAAGUUGGUUCGAGAUGGUUUGCUCCCUUAAAGUAAAAAAUUAUAAAUUUACAAUUCAAUUUGUAAAAUAUCCAAUACAUUUUAAAAAUGAGUGUUGUCAAAUUUACUAGCAGUCUUUAAUCAAUUUCUCGUGUAAUACACAUGUACUAAUAUGGAUCACGAAAUACAUUAAUUUAAUAAAAUAAAGAAGGAACUCUUGGGGCGAUCACCUUAAUCGCUCUCCCUCUGGAUCCGUCACUAAAUUAUGGAAAUGUGUCUUUGUAAUAUUAUAAUAGGUCAUUUGGUGUUUAUAUCCGAAGAAACAUGAUACUGAAUUCCAGCACAGUGUGGCGUAUGUUUCUCGUUUCAAAAUAGAACUCCUUCCGGUAUAUUAAGUAACGAGAAUGAAAGCGUUACGUGUGCUUCCCUUGCGUUCAAAAAUUAAUAUGGAUAUGAUACAGAGUAUUGCCUAAUACAUGAACACACGAUGUGAUGUAUUAGAAAUUAGAUUUUUAAACAUUUUAUUGGAUUUUGUUCCUUGGUACCUAAAAGGAACAUAAUGAUUUUCGUUAUUAAACUUUGUUUAAUUAUCAGCCCCUUCUGAUCCCAACAAAACAGCUCCGAAAUGAGAUUUUGAGCAACGUCGAUAUUUCAGAUCGCGACUACCAAAAGCGCUGUAAUAGAAUACUAGUCGUAGUUGGUAUAGCAGAAUAUGACACGAAAAUGGUAAAAGGGUUGUAACUACCCUUGGAAUGUAAAACAAAAGAAAUAUUGAAUGAUAGGAGUUCAAUCAUAAUUAUGGACAGAUACGUAAUUACUGGAAAAAUUGGAGAAGGAGCACAGGGUGUAGUUUUGAAAGCAUACGAUACAGAAACAGAAAAUAAUGUAGCAUUAAAGAAGUUAUUUUUAAAAAAUAUUGAAAAUGGUAUAUCAACCUCUAUUAUCAGAGAAAUAAAAAUUUUGCAGCAAUUAAAACAUGUUAAUGUUAUAGAAUUAUUGAAUGCUUUUCCUACUGGAUUAGAGUUUGUAAUGGUUUUUGAGUACAUGCCAACAGGUUUAUGGGAGAUAAUAAGAGACAAUGAAAUAUCAUUGACUUCAACUCAAGUAAAAACUUAUACAAAAAUGAUUUUGGAGGGUAUUGCCUAUAUACAUGGCAAAGAUAUAAUACAUAGGGAUUUGAAGCCAGCUAAUUUAUUAAUAAAUGAAGAAGGUAUUCUGAAAAUUGCUGAUUUUGGUUUAGGAAGGCUAGCAUGGAAAAAUGAAUCAAAACCUUAUUCUCAUCAAAUUGCUACUAGAUGGUAUAGAGCACCUGAAUUAUUAUAUGGAGCUAGAUAUUAUACAUCUGCAAUUGAUAUGUGGUCUGUUGGUUGCAUUUUUGGUGAAUUGCUUAACAAGUCACCAUUAUUUCCAGGAGAAACAGAUAUUGAACAACUGGCAAUAGUUUUAAGGCAUCUAGGAUCACCUACAUCAGAAACAUGGCCAGAAUUAAAUUUAUUGCCUGACUAUAAUAAAAUUACAUUUCCAUAUCAUAAAGGGGUAACAUGGGAAAAUAUUAUAGAAGAUGCUGAACCAGAAGCUAUUGAUCUUAUUAGUAAAAUUCUUAUUUAUAAUUCAUCAAAACGUUUAACUGCUAGUGAAGCAUUGAAUCACGUGUAUUUUCAUGUUAAACCUUAUGUUUCUCUAGAAAAUAUCAUAAAACCGUCAGCUAAUCACCGUAAUCAAAUAAAACAAAAAGAGGUCAAUGUAAAUGUACAAGCUACUACGCUUUUUAAAAAGUUACUAACCAUUAUAUAAAUUAUAUUUCAUCUAUAACAAAUUACACACAUGU